CGGGAUUAGAGAUCACUCACACAAACACACACACACACAUACAUACGCACUUUUCGCACACCAUAAACGCCCCCUCCCCCUCCCAACACACUCACAUAAGAAUUACGAACGGCAGUUAAAGGAGGUGGGAAAAGUCGCUUGAUGUCAGUCAGCCAGAGUCAGUCGGAGUUGUGUGCGGUUCUAGUUUACCGUUACCGGCUAUUGAGGCGCUUCCUUGUCGCUUUUCAAAAAUCAAAAGAUAAAACUACAAAUUCCGGUUCCGGAAUUAAAAAAAGAAAACGGAAAAACGCUAUAAUUCUAGAGCAGCAGCGCUGCAACUGCGAACCGCGAGGCAGAGACUCUAGCAGCGGCAGAGAAUCCACAGAAACGUGGACGUGAGCUUAGAGCAAUUUUAUUUAAAAAUCACCGUCAAUAUAAAAAAAAGUGUCAAUUCGUGGCCUGCAGCGUUUCAAUACCGUGGGCGCCGUGUAACAUAACGGUAACGGCAGCGGCAGUGUCUAUAACGGUUUACAAAAUCAAACGCGAUCGUCGACUUGAUGUUCUAUUGUGCAAAAGUAACGGUAAAACGGACAAACUAUUACUAAAAGAAAGUUUAUUUAUUAUUUGGUUGUUUUAUUUUUUGUUUUUGUGGCUUGUGAAUUGUGUCGAGGAGGAGCAUGUCGCCAAAUCGUUGGAUAUUACUGCUUAUCUUUUAUAUAUCGUAUUUAAUGUUCGGAGCCGCCAUCUACUAUCACAUCGAACACGGUGAAGAGAAACAGGCACGCGCUGAAGAGCUUAAGGAACGCAUCGCCAUCAAUGAAUAUCUAUUAGAUGAGCUGGCUGAUAAAAAUGUUAGUACACAAAAUGAGAUACUGGAAAGGAUUAGCGAUUAUUGUGGAAAGCCGGUUACGGAUUAUACCAAUGAUGAAUAUGAGAUACCAUACACAUGGACCUUCUAUCAUGCCUUCUUCUUUGCCUUCACCGUAUGCUCCACUGUCGGCUAUGGCAAUAUAUCGCCAACAACAUUUGCUGGUCGAAUGAUAAUGAUAGCCUAUUCGGUAAUUGGUAUACCCGUUAAUGGUAUACUCUUUGCCGGCUUGGGAGAAUACUUUGGGCGCACGUUUGAGGCCAUAUAUAGACGUUAUAAGAAAUAUAAAAUGUCAACGGAUAUGCAUUAUGUGCCACCGCAAUUGGGAUUAAUAACCACCGUGUUCAUAGCUUUAAUACCGGGCAUAGCCUUAUUUCUAUUGCUCCCCUCGUGGGUAUUUACAUAUUUCGAGAAUUGGCCAUAUUCGAUAUCAUUGUACUAUAGCUAUGUGACAACCACAACAAUUGGUUUUGGUGACUAUGUGCCGACAUUUGGUGCCAAUCAGCCACGUGAAUUUGGUGGCUGGUUUGUGGUCUAUCAAAUUUUUGUCAUUGUCUGGUUUAUAUUCUCUUUGGGUUAUUUGGUCAUGAUUAUGACAUUUAUUACACGAGGACUUCAGAGCAAGAAACUUGCACAUUUGGAGCAGCAGCUAUCAUCGAAUCUGAAGGCCACACAAAAUCGCAUUUGGACUGGAGUUACCAAAGAUGUUGGCUAUCUGAGGCGUUUGCUAAAUGAGCUAUAUAUACUCAAGGUCAAGCCCGUUUAUACCGAUGUGGAUGUGGCCUAUACGCUACCUCGCUCCGCCUCCUGUCCCGAACUUGAUAUGUAUCGCAUUGAGCCCGCUCCCAUACCAAGCCGCAAGCGAGCCUUCUCCGUGUGCGCCGAUGUGGCUGCCCUUCAGGGCCAGCAGGCCGCCGGCGAGUUAGUUCAUGCCAACUCCGAUACGGAGCUAAGCAAAUUCGAUCGCGAGAAGACUUUCGAGACGGCAGAGGCUUAUCGUCAGACAACCGAUUUGCUGGCCAAGGUGGUAACUGCUUUGGCCACUGUCAAACCACCGCCGCCGGAGGCUGACGAUGCAGCUCUAUAUGGCGGCUAUCAUGGCUUCUCCGACUCUCAGAUCUUGGCCAGCGAAUGGUCGUUCUCGACAAUGAAUGAGUUUUCGUCGACGCAAGCUCCGCGGCGUCCCCGUGCUCGGGCUUCUUCGGACUUUAAUAUUGAGCCACCGCGGUGGGGAGAGGGACAGCGUCCGUUGCGUGCACCACACAACGAAUGGACGUGGAGCGGUGACAAUCAACAGAUCCAGGCUGCCUUCAAUAUGCGUUACAAGGACAAGGGCGAGCCCCAUGUGGUCCAAGUGGAGGCAGAUGCAACUGCCGACGGUUCAGCUGGGGCAAGUGGGGGACGUGUCAAAAAGUUCUCAAUGCCAGAUGGCCUGCGUCGUCUGUUCCAACGCAAGCGAGCCUCUCAAGAUUUGGAGCGAAAGCUAUCAGUGGUCUCCGUUCCGGAGGGGGCAUCUGCUUUGCCACCUCGUGCACAGUCUCCUCUGGAUUAUUACAGCAAUACGGUUACAGCGGCAGCCAGUCAAUCGUAUCUGCGCAAUGGCCGCAAUGGUAUGACCAAUCUGGGCUUCCAAUUGGACGACGCCGAGUCCCAGGCCACACUCAAUUCGCAGGCAACCGCCAAUGGAGGCAUCACUGGAGCCUAUCAGCGCAAGCAGGUGUCCGGCAAACGACGACGCGAGUCCAUUUACACCCAAAAUCCGGCAAUAAGUGCCAACCAUCGACGUGGCAGCAUGUAUCCACCCACUGCAGCUGCCUUCAAUCAGAUGCAAAUGCGUCGUGGCAGUCUCGCCACCAGCGGUUCCGGUUCAGCGGCCAUGGCCGCAGUAGCCGCGCGUCGGGGCAGUCUGUUCCCGGCCAUGGCGGCCACUUCUCAAUCGACAGUGACAUCCAACUCGAUGCCUCGGCGCUCGAGUAUCUUUUCGGUGACCUCGGACAAGGAUAUGGAUGUAUUGGAGCAGACCACCAUAGCGGAUCUUAUAAGAGCUCUGGAGGUGGUACAUACCCAUGCAGUGCUGGAUGAACAGCAACAGCAGAGUAAGCAAUCCGCCGCUAUGGCCUUGAAGGGCGGCAAAAAGCAACGGAAAAUGGGUAAUGCUGGCCUAGAUCCACCCCAGUUACCGCCCAUCCUUUCGCUCUUUGCUGGCGAUCAGACGCGUUCGCUGCAGGCAGCAGCCGCUAAUCGUCUAUACGCUCGUCGAUCCACCAUUGUGGGCACCAUGUCGCCAGGUGCCAAUACCAUGCCAGAGCCACCACCCAGCUACACUGAGAGAGCCGUCAACCAGGUGCCGAUUAUGGCCAGUUCACCGGCUCCAGGAGUAAGUGCACUCGGACCCAGUAAGUUCCGUCGUCGGUUCAGUGUGCGUCCUACUGCAUUGCAGAUUCCUCCCGGUCAGGCUCCACCUCCCGGUGGCAACCCCGGUCAGAUGGGUAGCCCUGAAAUACCGUCCAGCUCCGGAACAUCACAGACGGCAUUGCAGCGUCGCCUUUCGCUUCGACCUUCGCCAUUGGCACGCGAAUUGUCGCCCACUUCGCCACCAGCUGGUAUGACCGCAGGCGGUGCAACUGCAUCCGAUGAGCGUCUAUUGCCGCUCACUUCCCCCACUAGACCCAGCACAAGCAGCACUCAUUCGCCGCUGUCAAGGAUUGUGCAGAUCUCCCAGGCUCAGCGAAAGAGCAGCAUGCCAGCAGCUAGUAGUCCUGGAGCUGGAGCUAGCUCUGGACCAAACCAAGAUACAUAGAUGUUCUCUCAAGAAAUAAUAUUCUCGUCUUUCAACCACCUGUUUGACCACUUAAACCCUUGAAGCCUUAAGUCCAAAUAUUAUUCCUAGUAGAAAUUCCUAUUUACAUACAUAUAUAGAUAUACCAUAUAAAUAUUCGAUUUAAGUAUUUGUAGAAUUAUCUAUUGAGAUUGUUGUGGAAUCCGCUUUGUAAUUCAUUUGUAAAAAAAUGAGGUAGAAUUUGGUGUUAAUUAAUUGUUAAACGUUUUUAAUUUGUUGCAAUUGCGAACUAUAUUAUUUUGCCGAAUUCACAACAAUCUAGUUAUUCUCUGUGUUUUGUUUUCUUAUCCAAUAUUAAAUAUAAUUAUGCUUAUUCUUAUCCUAGUAGAUAUAAUAAUUGUUAAAGCAGUUAAAAGGGCUUAUAUGAACAAAAUAUUAUAAUUAUUAACUAGGCAUAUGAAAAUUCCAACCAUUAUUCGCACUUAUAUACAAACAUCGCAUCUAUAGAACUUUAUUUAU